GGGUUGUAAAGUUUUGAAAAAAGAAUCUAUCUUCUUUUCUGAAAACAUACAUUUUUUCUAUUUCUUCAUUAUUUUCCGGGUUUUGCUCACAAUCAGACACGCAAAAAACUGGAGCAGUUUCUCAUUAUUUCACCUGUCAUUUUCCACUUUUUCGCUAUUGGAAACAACAUAGCACAACGUCAUUUGUGGACUAUGAAUACGGCAAUUGAUUUUUCUUAUGUUCCCGACUUAAUUUCAUAUUCUUCUGAGAUGGCAAUGUGGGGUUUCUUUAUUAUCUCCUACUUAACGCUUCCAAUUUAUUUUUAUGUGCACAAAAUGAACCGCCACCAGGAAAAAGACUUGCCUAUUCUUCAACUAUUCCACAAACUUGUAAAAAUGUCAUAUUUCUUGUUUUUCGGUAUUAUUUUUAUACUUGGCUUGAUCUUAUGGAUUGCGAAAACUUAUGAUUUUAAAGAAAAGUUCUUUAUUGUCAUUGGCUUUGGCUUGUUUUUUCUCUCGUUUUACAUCCUCCGCAUGGUGCAAGAAUUAUUCCAUUUUCUAUUGUUCCUUCUUGCAAUUCGGAAUACUUUCAAAUACCUUUUCCCAUUCAGAACUUUGUAUUCACAAAAUUCGGUUCCCAAGUCCGUCGCAUAUUUUUGUGUGUUUGUUGUUUUGAAAGAUUUCAUACCCUGUGCAUGGUCAUACUGUAACGAAGUUCAAUGUUUGCUUGGCGAGGAUAUGCGAAUUUUUACAGUUUUUUCAAAUGUUUAUACGGUGUUGAUAACUGCUCUAAACGUAGUGACUUCCGUGCUAAGUCCAUUUAUUUAUAUUCCAAUCAUGAUGGAUUUAAGGAAAAACAGGGAUUCACAUUCCCAGCAACAAAAGUAUCUACACAAUUACAUAUUCUUUCAGAGUUUUUUAUUGCUAUUAUUCAGAUUGAUCAGUUUACCAUUUUUGUUUCAAUUGGUGGUUUUUGAUAAACUGGGAACAUUUCUGAUGGCAAUGACAAUAGUUGAUGUGGUCACUACACCUUUGAUAAUUCAAUUGUCAUACUUGAAGUGCAAUGUACAAAAAGUACUUCAUUUAUAUGCUACAUUUGAUUUUCACGACUUUCUGAAAGUUUUGUUUGGCAAAGUGAACAAUUCUGUGCAUCCCAACCCAAUUCCACUUGCAUUUUCUAUUACUUAAUUAUAUAAAACAGUGAAAUUU